AAGAGAAAUGUAUAGAAAAAAAAAUAGAUAUAUUGCGUGUUUUUUUUCUCACUCAACGUUUGUCGAACGAAUAAAAAAUAUUAUAUAGCUGCUCUCAGUUGCGUGAAUUAGAUAGAAUUUUUGUCAAAGGUUUUGAAUUUUAUUUUCCGAUGAGAUAAUAAACGGUUAUAAAGAUAAAUAUUUUGAAAGGCGAAAAAAGAAAGCAGAAAAUCGCUGUGAUUAAAUUUUGAGUGAGUGCCUAUUUCAGUGGAAAAAAUUACUGACAAAGUCUCUCUCUCAUCGACGCAAUAACUGUAGAGCCGUACAAUCCCAACCAAAUUCAAUUUUGUCAAAACAAGGUGUCCUAAUCACUCUCGUUUCUAGGAAUACUUGUUUCCCUGUCGAAUAUAUAAAAACAAAACGACAGGAUUGUCACCAAAUUGUUUUUUCACUACAUUUAAUUGAGAGAACAUUUAACAAAGAAUUUAAAAAAACUAGUGAAAAAUAUUGGACAGAAUACACCGGAAGAAUCAUAAACACUUAAAUAGUGGACAUUGGUAUACAAAACGAUCGAAACAAUUAAAAUGCAUACAUUCAGUGAAAACAGUUCAGGCGUGCCAGCAUUUUUAGCAAAGCUCUGGCGGUUAGUCGAAGAUGAUGAAACAAAUAAUCUCAUUUAUUGGAAUGCGGAUGGAAAAAGUUUUAUCAUUCAAAAUCAGGCUCAAUUUGCUCGCGAGAUUUUGCCUUUGAAUUACAAGCACAAUAAUAUGGCGAGUUUCAUAAGGCAGUUAAAUAUGUAUGGAUUCCAUAAAAUCACAUCACUGGAUGGUGGUGGUUUAAAAUUCGAUCGCGAUGAAAUGGAAUUUUCUCAUCCAUAUUUUCAACGUGAUCAUCCGUACUUAUUGGAGCACAUAAAGCGAAAAAUUUCAACAGCCAAAACAUCGGCGAAUGUUGAUGACAAAUCAAAUAUAAAACAUGAAAUUGUGUCAAAAGUUUUGAACGAUGUGAAACUGAUGAAAGGGCGUCAAGAAUCAUUGGACAAUCGAUUUUUAUCGAUAAAACAGGAAAACGAAGCACUUUGGCGUGAGGUGGCCCUACUACGCCAAAAACACAUGAAACAACAACAAAUCGUCAAUAAACUUAUUCAAUUUUUGGUAACAAUUGUUCAACCACAACGUGGCAGUGGCAUUGGUUCAAUGGGUGGCAUGAGUGGUGUUAAACGCCGCUAUCAAUUGAUGAUCAAUGACAUUCCAAAUUUAACAAAUAAAGUACGAAAGACAUCCCCAUCAUCUCGAGCCAGCGCAGAUGGACCAAUCAUUCAUGAACUCACUGAAGAAUUAUUGGACAAUUAUACAGAUGGUGCGGAUGAUGAUGUGGCCAGCGUAAAUUCACCGUAUGUUGUGUCCCCUGGUAGUUUUCCCACAACAACUAUUAAUGAUUAUGAAGAAAUCGAAAAUAUUGAUGACACGGACCAAAUUAUUGCCGAAGAUGAUGAUGCAGUAAUGCCAGAUGCAUCGAAGAUAACACCAACGACAACAACCACGGCCGCCACAGUGGCUAGCAUAAAUAAUGAUCAUGGAGGAAAUGUAUACAAUACAGGCGAUUACAAUUCGGAUUUAAUCUAUGACUUAAAUAAAACUCCAUCGCUAAUUGUUAACACGGCUGGCACAUCAUCAUCUAUCAAUGUCGCAAAUAAUGUUGUUGACAUUCCAGUCGAAGAAUUGCUGGAGAAUGUUCCGACUGGUGUACUGCCUGAACAAUUGGCUACAUUCAUCAAACAAGAGUCAAAACUAAAGCAACCAACUCAACUUAAUCAAACACAGCCAUCAACCAUCAAACAGAAUAUCAAUCCAAAAUUAUUUGCCAACAAAAGACAAGGUAAUGUGAUUAUAGCGAACGCAAGCGGUAAUGUGCAACGUCUUGUUAAAAUUGCGUCGAAUCCAAACAACCAAACAAAUUUGGCUGGCAUUCGUCAAGCAAGUGCGAGUGGCAAAAGUCUAAUCGAUGCACAAAAGUUGAAAGCAGUCAAGCAGCAACAACAGCAACAGCAACAACAACAACAGCAGCAACAGCAGAAUGAACAAAAGCAAGUUGUACAAACAAUUCCACAACCUGGAAACAAAUCAAUUUUGAUAACUGUUGGUAAGCCAAACGUAUCAACGGCUUCUUCUCAACAAAAUGCCGGCACCGCGGCUGUAAACCACACAUUUGGAAAAACCUAUAAAAACAAAAACGAUUUUAUUAGUUCAGAAAUGCCCGCUGAACUUUUUCAGGAUGAUAGCGAUGGUAACUUUGACGGAAACGAUUUGAUCAACAAUGACGAUAGUCAAAUGAACAAUCAAUUGACUAGUAACUUUGGGCAACCUACUAAUCCAGGCACGAGUGGAAUCAGCGAUCUUUGCGACACAUAUGGCAAAGAUUUAACCGUUGCUAAAUACAAUAAAGGAACGACACACGAUGACAUCAUGCGAAUCUCUUCAACAGAUCAAUUACAUAGCCACUUGGAUAAUGUUCAGGGUGACUUGGAGGCGCUCAAGGAAUUUUUACGCGAUGGUGAAAGCUAUCAAGUGGACGCAAACACAUUGCUUAACAAUUCAAACAACUCAUCAGUGCUAUCAGGGAUAAGUGGUGAAUCGUUAUCGAGCAUUAUUAACAAGUUAUUUGGUGAAAAUGAUGUUUUCCAACAAUAUGGCAUACCGAUGAAUCCAACGGACACAACAACCAUCCCUGGAUUAAAUGAACAACGUCAACGUAAUCAAAACGACGACACGUCGAUGAGCUCCAAACCUGGCUGUACAGGAUCCGAAUUGAUUAGCUAUCAACCAGGACAAAAUACAAUUGAUUUUACUGAUUUUUUAAAUCUUGAUGACAGUCAACUUACGCCAGAUGCUGCAAUGUCAACCCCAGCAUUCAAUUCGACCAAUCAGAACAAUUAUAUGCCACAAAUGCCAUGUGCAAAUCCAAUCAUUGGAGAUCUAACUACGCCAUACAUAAAACAAGAACAAUUCAGUUAUCCCAAAUGAAACGAAAGUGAUGAUGAUGAAGAUGGUGGCGAUGAUGAUGAAAUAAUUGGAUACACUGAACCUGGUAUUUUCUUGACAACACACACAUGCCAAUUUAAUAUUGUUUUGUAUAAUAAUUUAAAAAAAUAAUAAUGGAAAAACACAACUGAAGAGUCUAUUUUUUAUAACAAACUGGUGUAACUAAAAUGACUCAACAGCUAAUAGUUAUUAAUAAGCAAGAAAGAAAAAAAACACAAAAAUGUAUGGUGCUAAGUGGUAAAUUUUAAAAAUAAAAAUAUUUGAAAAAAAUAACGAAGAAAAACUUUAGGGAAAUCAAUGCUAUUGCAAUUCCAUAUCAAUCACAUGCGUAAUAUAUACAUUGCUUUUAAUUCGUUUUUCAUAAUCAAUAUAAAUGACUCAAUUUGCAAAUUUAACUGAAAACCAUCAUCACCGUCUUAUUAGAGAUGAUUCUAUUUCAAAAGUAUACAAAAGAACUUCAUAACAUUCAUAAAGUUCUGUCUCCGAACGUCAUAGCAUAAAUAAUUAAUUGUUAUGCUUUAAAGCAAAGAAAAUCAAAUGUUAUUAUCAAGAAGUAAGCUUCGGAAGAACAAAGAAGUAAAGAUCGUUUGAAGGUCGCAAAAUCGCGGGCAGAUAUACCAAAUCGCUAAAGAAGUCAAAUGAAAAUGUUACAUAUGCAUUACAAUAAUAAUUUAAGUAAUUUAUGUACUUUGAACAUGUGAAUCUUUGCACUAGGCACUUUAUUUCUUUUCAAUAUCCAUGAAUUUUAUAAAAAUUUUAUUAAAUAUUUUUGGUUCAAAUUAAUCUUAAAGAAA